AUGGGAUGGGGCAGGAAGCGACAUCAAACCCCCUGCUCCCCUCUCACAUGGAGCAAACUUACAGCAUGCAUGAAUAGUGAGAAGAGGAUCCUGGCCUCUCUGGUGCUGCUUGAGGAGAACGAGGGAGGAAAAACAUCAGCUUGGUACAGGUAAGCAGGCUAGGGGUGAAAGGAGCAUAUGUGGGAUGUAG